ACAGUCGCCGCCGCCGGGCCUCCCCGCCGCCCCUUCCCUGGCCCGGCCGCCUCCCGCCGCCGCCGCCGCCGCCAUUCCUGGCGCCCGAACUCGCCCGGCUGGGAGCCGCCGAGAGCAGGAGGCGCGCUCCAGACUCUGCUAACACCAGAUAGUAGAAAGAAAGUGUGUGCUGAAAUGUUUGACGACGCUGAUGGUUUGCAAAGAUUUCUGAAGACUUCUUUCUAGAAACGACUGGAAAGUUUCAAGAGGCGUAAGAUACAGCAUUUCUUCUGAGGCCCUGAAGAAGUAUCCAGUGGACUUUCGCACUGCAGUGGUGAGAGCGACCCCUCCUCUCCUGGAGAACUGGGAAAUGUGGAUUCUCAGGGACCGCGCUGUUCACCAACUCCAGGCUGUGCUGCUGGCCCUGGUCCUGGGGCGCUGAGCCACAUCUGCAAUAGCACACUUUCCCGGCCACCUGCUGCCGUGAGCCUUUGCUGCUGAACCCCCUGGGGUCGCCCCUACCUGAUGAGGAUGUGCAUCCCUAUUAGGGGGCUGCUCAUGGCCCUUGCAGUGAUGUUUGGGACAGCGAUGGCUUUUGCACCCAUACCCCGGAUCACCUGGGAGCACAGAGAGGUGCGCCUGGUGCAGUUUCACGAGCCGGACAUCUACAACUACUCAGCCUUGCUGCUGAGCGAGGACAAGGACACCUUGUACAUAGGCGCCCGGGAGGCGGUCUUCGCUGUGAACGCACUCAACAUCUCCGAGAAGCAGCAUGAGGUGUAUUGGAAGGUCUCAGAAGACAAAAAAGCAAAAUGUGCAGAAAAGGGGAAAUCAAAACAGACAGAGUGCCUCAACUACAUCCGGGUGCUGCAGCCGCUCAGCGCCACUUCCCUUUACGUGUGUGGGACCAACGCAUUCCAGCCGGCCUGUGACCACCUGAACUUAACAUCCUUUAAGUUUCUGGGGAAAAACGAAGAUGGCAAAGGAAGAUGUCCCUUUGACCCAGCGCACAGCUACACAUCCGUCAUGGUUGAUGGAGAACUUUAUUCAGGGACGUCGUAUAAUUUUUUGGGAAGUGAACCCAUCAUCUCCCGAAAUUCUUCCCACAGUCCUCUGAGGACGGAAUACGCAAUCCCUUGGCUGAACGAGCCUAGUUUUGUGUUUGCCGACGUGAUUCGAAAAAGCCCAGACAGCCCCGACGGCGAGGAUGACAGGGUCUACUUCUUCUUCACAGAGGUGUCUGUGGAGUACGAGUUUGUGUUCAGGGUGCUGAUCCCACGGAUAGCAAGAGUGUGCAAGGGGGACCAGGGCGGCCUGAGGACCUUGCAGAAGAAAUGGACCUCCUUCCUGAAAGCCCGACUCAUCUGCUCCCGGCCAGACAGCAGCUUGGUCUUCAAUGUGCUGCGGGACGUCUUCGUGCUCAGGUCCCCGGGCCUGAAGGUGCCUGUGUUCUACGCACUCUUCACCCCACAGCUGAACAACGUGGGGCUGUCGGCAGUGUGCGCCUACAACCUGUCCACAGCCGAGGAGGUCUUCUCCCACGGGAAAUACAUGCAGAGCGCCACGGUGGAGCAGUCCCACACCAAGUGGGUGCGCUACAACGGCCCGGUCCCCAAGCCGCGGCCUGGAGCGUGCAUCGACAGUGAGGCACGGGCAGCCAACUACACCAGCUCCUUGAAUUUGCCAGACAAGACGCUGCAGUUCGUCAAAGACCACCCUUUGAUGGAUGACUCGGUGACCCCAAUAGACAACAGGCCCAGGUUAAUCAAGAAAGAUGUGAACUACACCCAGAUCGUGGUGGACCGGACCCAGGCCCUGGAUGGGACUGUCUAUGAUGUCAUGUUUGUCAGCACAGACCGGGGAGCUCUGCACAAAGCCAUCAGCCUCGAGCAUGCUGUUCACAUCAUCGAGGAGACCCAGCUCUUCCAGGACUUUGAGCCAGUCCAGACCCUGCUGCUGUCUUCAAAGAAGGGCAGGAGGUUCGUCUAUGCUGGCUCUAACUCGGGCGUGGUCCAGGCCCCUCUGGCCUUCUGUGGGAAGCACGGCACCUGCGAGGACUGUGUGCUGGCUCGGGACCCCUACUGCGCCUGGAGCCCACCCACAGCGACGUGUGUGGCUCUGUACCAGACUGAGAGCCCCAGCAGGGGUUUGGUUCAGGAGAUGAGCGGCGAUGCUUCUCUGUGCCCGGCCUCGUCUCCUAAGCCCCUCCCUCCUCCUGGCUCCUCCUCCCUGUCCUGUCUGGGCCAUGCGGGGGACAGGAGGCCUUCCUCCCCCUGGACCCCCUGGCCAGCCUCGGGUGCGGGGCCCGACAGCAGCUCGAAGGUCUCCUUGCUGCCGCCCUUCCUGAGUGACCAGGCACAGCACGUGCAAGCCCUGGGGACCUUCCACCUCUUCUGCCAGGCGACAGAAAGAGUUGGAUAGUUUAAAAAGGAAUACACUGAACGUAAGUACGUCUUUAACAUCUUUAAUGUCUUAUGAUGAUCAAGCACAUACUGAAAUAGCAUUUACUGACGCCUCAUGUUAGCGGUGGUAAGCACAGGUGUCUGUUUCUACUCACACCCCAGAGGGCGGAGCUUUGAGGGUUUUGCUGUCAGUGGUCCCAUGAUGGGGUGUUGGGUGAUGAAUCCAAUUCAGCUCAGGCCACCCAGAUGCUUAGUCUCAAGGGCUUGGUCAGGAGAACCUUCCAGAGGCUCCUGUGACUCAGUGACUCCAGUCCCCUGGGUGGUUCCUGGUGCAGGUCACAUGAGGGAGGAGACUGGGCUUUUAUGGAACUCACUUCACUCUCUGUUCAAAGAAAAGUGUUGUUACUUGAUCUUAACAGCUCAAAAAAAUCUGUUUCUUAAAAUGAGAUUUUGCCUGGAUGCCCAUCAGGUGGGGAAGGGAAUAUCUAUCUAGUUGAUGGGCACCUAGAUGUAUAUAGAGAUAUGUAAUAUGUACUUAUAUUUGUAGAUAGAUAUAUGGGGUUAUCUGUGGUUAGAGUCCAAAACAUUUUGAGUGGGGAAAAAACAAAUUAUAGAGUGUUAAGAUUUUUUUUUUUUUUGUCUUAAUUAUGCACAAAAACCAAACCUGUUCACAAGGGCUUGUCUACCAGGCCAGGGCCAGAUGGGCCGCCAGGCAAAACAGUUGUGGAGCACCUUCCAAAUUUCCUUGAGUUUAUGCAAUGUUUCCUUCAAAAUAACACUUUUAUAAAAAAUUAUUAUUAUAAAAGCAAUGCUUGUUUGUUGUAAGGUUGGAAACUCCAGGGAAGUAUAAAGAAAAAAUUUAAACAAUCCCAAAUUUAACUAUCCAGAGGCAGUUACCACCAGCAUCCCAGCCAUUUUUAGGUCAAGACUGUAUCUGCGUUCACACAUGUAUACACGGGUGUGUACAUAUAUACACAUAUCUAUUCUUUCACGUAACAGUGUUUUUCUGUGUUGCUGAAUAUUCUUCGAUGGCACUUGGAAUGAGUGACUUGCGGCCCCCUUCUUGGACAUUUCCCAACUCCUCACUGAUAGAAACAGGGCUUCACUGGGCCCAUCAUUGCCUUGGGACUCAUUCCUAGGAUUGUCCAGCUAAAGAGUCUGAGCUUGGUCAAGUCCUUGGGAGGAGCAUUCUCUGAUGAUCCUGGACAGUGGGGAAUUGUUGACCAAGAGACUGGACAAAGGUGAGCAGAUGCCAGUCAGUAAAGCAGGGAAAAUGCAUUACUAAAGUCACCUUCAUUAAACUGGCUAUCUCUUCUUUUCAAAAAUCCAGCAUGUGCCACAGAAAUGAAAGGCUCUCUGGCCAUCACUGUCCUGCCCAGGGAGGGAAGCGUGGGUCCUCCCACACCAUUUAAUACCUGUGUCUGGACGCACCCCUCCCCCACACCUGAGAACAAGGCCAGCUUUUCUGUGUGUGCAGGUACUUUGGACUCUCUUGGCUCUGGAAUUUGUUUUUCCUGCUCAGUGUUCUGAACUCCUUCCUUUUCACUGCUGAACAUUCUCCACGAAGCCACACUUCAUUUUGUCAUUCCAAGGUUGAUGGGCAUCUAGGCCAAAUCUAACUUCUAAAGACCGAUUCUUAUGAGGUGUCAUGGUCAAGCAGAGGCCAUGCCCGGCGCUGGUCUAGGUGGCCCGUGGCCCACUUGGGGGCCUUGGUGGCCCUUGAGGAAGGGCAGGUGCUGAUCAGGGAGCCAGGUCGCUAGGCAAGAGGUGGGAGGGUGUCACCCCGGUCCAUGCUGCUGGGGUGCCUGGCCUGAUGCAGGCUGCACCUGUGGGAGACGGAAGCAGCAGCGUAGGCUGGCCGGCCUCCCCUGCCCCACUGUAAGCAGGAGCUUCGGAGACAGAAGAGCACCUGCACCCCCUCACCUGCCCUCCAGGGCCUGGCCUGGCCCUCCCCACCAUCCCAGCUCAGCUCCAGGGUCUGCACCUCUGGGGCUGGAGCUUAGUGGGAGCACGCCCCGCCCCCCCAACCCUUUCUGCAUUUGAAUGGAAGCCAGUGUGUGAAGCAGAUCAAAGUGAAUGUGCUUGUUUUUCCUUCAGUAAGGGACAGGGAGUUGAGCCUGUCCCAACAUGGCCAGCAGCCCCUGGAGGGCCAACAGACUUCACAAGCAAGGAAAGCCGGGAGGUGACCUGAUGACCAGACCUUGCUUGUGGGCACCCCCCCACCCCACCCCCAACACUCUGGUUUUCACAACCCCACCCCAACCACCUGGAACAAAUACGGAGUCUAGGGUUAGCCCUCAGGGUCGGCCACGUAGCCUUCUUGCCCUGGGAGGAGGCUGGCCUCCCCAGGCAAGGCAGCCUGGGCCACAGGGGAACGUCCCUGCCUCACCCACCCUCCUUGUCUCCCACAGACAAGCUGAGGCUGGCCAGGCUCCACUCUGGCAGGGUGCAAUAGACUGAGAAUGUGUGAAGUAAUUGGCCUCUCUACUUUUUUCAAUAAGUAAUUAAGCUCAAAAGCCCAAAGAAAAGUAACAGAGGUUUGGGGUAGAAGUGGCCAGUGUCAGGCCCAGGGUCCAUGCUCAAGGCUGGAAGCCCACCCUGGAUGUGCUGCACUUGGCGGUCCUAGUGUAAUUCUGCAGGGCCUGGCCCCGCCCCCGCCAGGGUCUGAGCCCUCCAGCCUGUGACAUGUGCUCCCCUCCAAGCCUGCCACAGGUUCCAGUGUUUCAAUUGGAAAGACAGGCCCUCGUGGUCCCCACUCUGGCCCAGCCCCCUCCACACACAGCUGGCCAAGCUCUGGGCCUCUCUGUGCUGUGGCCCUGGUGAUGGCAGAGCCUUUGGGAUGUCUCUGUCCAUGUGGUCACAGGACAUGUGUGUGGCAGCAAGGCCAGGGUGAGGUGGGAUGCUGUUCCAAAGCCCAGAAGCAUUCUGCAGGAAACCAGCACAGCGCUGUGAGGAAGGGGGUCCUAGGGGACACAGGCCACACAGGUGUAUUUUGAAAAAUGGUAAUUAAGGUCAAAGAGCAGAAAGUCCACAGGACAGGGGCCAAGGCCAAGGCUCCCGCUGGCCAUGGGGAAGCCACCUCCAGGGGAGUCCCAGGGACUGAAUUGGAAGCUGUCCCAAGUCACUUCAGGUCCAGCUGGGACAACAGAAGUAACCCCCCUACCCCCUCGUGGGGUAGCUUCUUUGUGUUCUAAAUGUGGACUCAGAGGUAGAAACAGUCUGUGCCCCCAGGUCCUGCAGACAUUCGCAUUGUCUGGGAGAAGAAUGGGCGAGCUCUGGAGACCUGUGUCCCUGUGCAGACCCAUGCACUGCCCGAUGGCAGCGCCCACGCGCUCAGCUGGCUGCAGGACGCCAUCAGGGAAAGCACCGAGUAUCGCUGCUCUGUCAUCUCCUCAGCAGGGAACAAGACUUCGAAGGUGCAGGUUGCUGUGAUGAGACCUGGUAAGUGAUUCCCAUGCCCACUGGAACCCUUUUAGGAGGUGAUUUUUCACUAUUUACAAUGGCAGUCGAAAAAAACAUGCUGGAAAGCAUGCUUGCACGGUGGCAUUUUGGGUUUGGGAUUUAUUGGCUUUCCACUGAGAAAGGUGGCCAGUGGGCAUCAAGGGUGCCAUAAAGGCCCGCAGAGCUAUGGCCUGGGAACCCUGCUUGUCUUCCAGAAGUGGCCCACCAGGAGAAGUGGAGCAGAGAGCUUUCCGCCUGGAGGGCUGUGGCUGGGGAGCACGACCGGAUGAUGCAGAGCUGGAGGAAGGCGUGGGAAAGCUGUAGCAAGGACACCUUGUAGCCACCAGGAAGGAGUCCCUGACACCGACCUCAACCCCAACCAGACCCUGCUGCCACUGACCACAGCCACCCCCGGAGAAGGCCUGGUCCCCCGCAACUGUGAGCUGUCUUGCCCAAACCCGCUCUGAACACAGCCACUGGCUACCACCUGAUGCGUACCUCCCAGAGACGGGGCAGUGGAGAAGCCCUGAACCCAAGUGGGCCUGUGACAGGAACUAAGACUUAAAAAAUUAGGUGCUUACCUGGGACAGGAAGUUCUGUCUGGCACAAGCAGGUAACCAGGAUGGCUAACAGGCUUCGACAGCUGCUCGUGAACUAAAACAGCAGUAUGUGUGCAGGCUCCUCCUCUAGGGUCAGGCAGCAGGCUCUGAAGGCUGAUCCUACACUGUCCCAGUGACUCCCCUUUACAGAGUGCCCCUACCCCCUAACAGCCAACAGGGUUAGCAUGGCCAGCACAGAUCGCUGCUUUUAUUGAUGCAAAUCAAGCCUACCGCUUCUCCUACCUGCAGACUUAGCCAAGGAACUCUAAGAUGCAUGACUGGGACAAGAAAAGGUGAGACUCCACAUGAAAAUGCCUUGCCUUAAACCCUGAAUGACUGUGAGAUGCGAUCUGGGAGUGCAUCUGUCAAGUCUUUUGUGUUUUCUUCACUAACCUCAGAAUACUGGGCUCUGUUUUAUCAAGCGCUGCAGUUUAUGCCUCUGUCCCCUGUCAAUGCUCAGCUUCUGCAACAGGACACCGAGCUUGUCGCAGAAAGCCAAACAGGUCAAUUAUGCAAAUCUCCUGGUGCCAUAUUAAAUUUCUUGACAAUGGAA